UGACUUCUUUAAUUUCCGCCCGGCAUUAACGAGAGACGCAUCGUCAUUCUGCCGUUCUUUUCUUUAAAUAGGUUGGUGAAUUGUAAGGAUUUACUAAAAUGAGCUUGCCCCGAGUAUUUUUGGAUGUGGCCGUCGAUGGUGCACCAUUGGGAAGAAUCGUCGUUGAGUUAAGAACUGACGUCACUCCAAAAACAUGUGAAAACUUCCGUGCGCUAUGCACUGGUGAAAAGGGCUUCGGCUACAGAGGCUCCACCUUCCACCGUGUCAUCCCCAACUUCAUGUUGCAAGGGGGUGACUUCACCAACCACAACGGCACUGGCGGCAAGUCCAUCUACGGGGAGAAGUUUGCUGAUGAGAACUUCAUCCUCAAGCACACCGGACCCGGAGCUCUCUCUAUGGCAAACGCUGGCCCCAACACUAACGGCUCUCAAUUCUUUGUAACCACUGUCAAGACUUCCUGGUUGGACGGCAGACACGUCGUGUUUGGCAAUGUGGUAGAAGGCAUGGAUGUUGUGAAACAAGUGGAAGCCCUGGGCUCCCAGUCUGGCAAGCCAUCCAAGAAGAUUGUCAUCGCUGACUGUGGCCAGCUUUCUUAAGAUACUGUAAUAUUUAUAUAAUAAAACGCAAUAUUUUAAGUUAUGUGUAAUGUCCUCCGAAGCAAACCUUCCCAGUCAGUAUAUAACAUUUAUAAAGUUUGAGGUCAUUCCAAUUAUGUUGUAAAAAAUUUAAACUAUGAUCUAGCAUUGCAACUAAAAAAAUUGCAUUUACUUCUGUGCAUUGUUUAUUCAUAAUAAAUUAACUUAUAUAACUAA